GUUCUACUGUAGCUGUUAGCUUGCUUAGAUGCAGGGAUUUUCUGGACCUUACAUGGAAGCAGGCAGAUAACGUGAGCGUUAAAGGGUAAAUAUUCACGGCUAUCGCAUUGAAUAUUAACUGUGGAUAAGGGUGCUUAUCUUUUGAGGAAAAAAAUGAUUAUAACUCGGUUUCUGUGUAAAGGGCAGGGUUUUUUUCCCUCGGCUGGACUUGGCUCUAAUAUCAAGUUGUAACAGUGCUGAGAAGGAAGCUAGCUGUCAAUAGAAGCUGAGCCACAUCAGCACCGCUGAGAUUAGCCAGCUCCGUUAGCAUCACUGUAAACAGGGCUGCUGGUCCUGGUCUUUGUGAGUAUCAUUUAACCAGACUACAUACAUGAACCCGUCUUUAAGUGUCAGUAUCUGCUGCUCUGUUGCAGAGAUUUCAUUAUGGCUGACAAUAUCAUGAGCAAGGCUGCUACCAUGGAGAUCCCUAUUAACAGCAAUGGAGACACAGGAACCUUAACAGAGGAUGACAGUCUGGAGCAGGUAUGUCACAUUUUCUCUUCCUCACUGACAAUGUGCAGUUUUGAUUCUGAUUCAGCCUCUGUGUGCUGUUUUUCCCCCUUUGUCUUUUUUUUUUUCCACUAUAGUUCAGCCCAGAGCUCAGGCUGGUGUAAGGCCAAUUGUUACCUAAUCAUGCCACAGGCCUGGAGCUAUGUACAGUAGCUGUGUACAGUGUGUGUAGAGCAUGGUGAUGAAGUGCAUCUAACCUUCAUUUGGAUAGGAUGCUUUAACUACAUGAGCUUUUGCAAGAAAAAAAACAAUGCAAUAGACUAAUAUAUAGUCCCAUAAUGCUAAUUUCAACCUCAAACAGCCUAACAUAGUUGAGAAAGCUGCAGUCCAACAUAAAUACUAAGCCAUUGAGUUGGAUUGUUCAAUCUCUUUUUCAUCAUUAUAAAAAGUCUUAUUUAUUUAUUUUGAACAUAUUUAGUUUUACUUUCAUGUGAUCAAAUGUAAAUCAUGUUAACACAUACACAUAAAUUCAGCACAAAGCAGAAAAAAGAGAAAGGAAAAAAAACAUUUAAAAAGUAAAUAAGUGCAUACAUAAAUAAAUAACACCCAAAGUGUACUGUAGAGUGGCAGGUUUUUCGGUCUGUUCAGUAUCAUGAUUUUCUCUCUAAUUACUGAUGAUAAAAGCCUGAUUUACUGGCUCACUGGUUUUUAAAAUUUUUUUGCUAUUAUUGUUGUAAUCCAUCAGGACCUGCAGCAGGUGAUGGUGUCAGGACCCAACCUGAAUGAAACCAGCAUCGUGUCAGGGGGUUACGGAGGACCUGCAGGGGGCAUCAUUCCCACCAGCAGCAUCAAAGGUACUGCAUGAAAGCUGAGCGGCUAACUGUACAGGUUUUAAUUUUGAUGUUUAUUCUUCACAGCUCGAACCUUUUCUCUCCAAAGACAUACAUUUAAAGGUGCAUUACGUAAGAAUUACUGUGAGUGGGUUUAAUUUAUGCAAACAACUGUUAGUUUGUUAAACAGGGUCACAGAUCAAAACAGAUGAUCCUGAGAUUACUUUACCUCUGUCCUCACAAGCUUACACUCUUUUUAAAACAACGGUCAUGCAUAUACACACACAUGCACACAUGCACACACACACAGUCACAGGCUGCCAUGACUCGUCUUGCCCCUGGGAGAGCUUUUCUGCAAGUAUUUUGUGUGUUGCUAGAGAGCUGCUAACCUUUAAGGCUCCUGGUUCAUGUUACAAACAUCCAUAUCCCACAGGGCCUGCAAUUCACUUCAACCCUGAGUAUCUGGACAGAAGACGAGCCCCUGCACCUGGACCAGGUGGCUGUGUAAUCUCACAAGCCUUAUUUCUUUGUCUAAGUUAACCCCUCUUCGUAUGUUGGUCUGUUUCAGCACCUUUUGAGAGGUUUUUUUGGCAAUGCUUGGGGGAGAAAAACUUUGCUUUUAACCUCUGUAGCUCAAGCUUAACAACCAGAACUAUUUUGCGCUGUUAAAAUUAAAGAUGCACUAAAAGAUAACACAGGGCUGUUACUUGUAAUGUUGUUGUCUAAAAAGAUUGUCUUGUUUUUUUUAAUUGAGAAAUGCAUUUUGGAUGACUGUUUUGUUGUUGCUUGGUUCUCUCAUCCCAUCAAGUCUAUUUUCAUCUUUUUUAAUGAAUCCUCUAUCCUGCAUGAGAAACUUGCAUGAUGGAUUGUUUAAAAAAAAAAAACAGCAUCAUUGCAAUGGACUCUUAACACCUCUCUUUCACUUUACAUUAUCUUUUAUUCAAAUGCUUAUGUUAACAAAAGCUUUUUUCCACAUAUUUCAUCGUUUGUCUUCAUCCCAUCCUCACUCUUUAUGCUCACCACGCUCAUUUCAGACAUUCGCAUGAAAUCCAGGGGUGUUAGCAUGCCUCACAGCCAAUCUGCAGCCACACAACUUCACCAACAGACCGGCCAGCAUCCAGGUAUCACCAUGCUCAUCGUCAUGUUCAUGCUGUCCUCAACCCAUUUCUAUGUCAUUUCUGUAAACCCUUCAUUCUCAGCUCUUCUGUGAUGACAUGCAUUAAGGCCUGAAUUGUUUGUCUUUUCUCCGAUAGGGUCAUCAAACCACAACUCAGGUAACUCAUCUGAAGAAGUUUCUCGUGGUGUGGCAGCAGAGAAAAUAGACAGUGUAAAGAAAUGGGGCAUAAACACAUACAAGGUAUUGAACUGUGUAAAUACUUUGUUUCUGUUUAGCUUCUUUCAUCCAACUGAAAUUCGAUUUAGUGUAUGUCCUAAUAAAUUCUGUGUUUAUUUCCACUCUGUAGUGUACAAAGCAGAUAUUUUCUGAAAGGUUUGGGCGAGGAUCUCGAACAGUAGACCUGGAGCUGGAGGCUCAGAUUGACUUGUUAAGAGACACCAAGAGCAAGUAUGAAAACAUCCUGAGACUAGCCACUGCACUCAUCAAUCAUUUUCAGAGCAUGGUGCAGACUCAACAGGCUCUGGGAGACACCUUUACUGACCUCAGCCAGAAGUCCCCUGAACUGCAGGUACUGUGCUUGAAUUAUUAUAUUUUUAAUGGCAUAGAAACAAAGCUGGGAGUCGCAUCAUAUAUCUGUGUCCUUGCAGGAUGAGUUUGGGUAUAACGCAGAAACACAAAAGCUCUUGUGCAAGAACGGCGAGGCUCUGCUGGGCGCCAUCAGCUUUUUUGUAUCCAGUGUCGACACCCUGGUCAACAAAACAAUGGAGGAUACUCUCAUGACCAUAAGGCAUUAUGAAAACGCAAGGUGACAAACCCUCACAUCCUGACAGUAAUUGAGAAAUAAAUGUUUUUUAGGGGGGGAUCAGAGCCUGUAAUAACCUGAACUGUGUUUGCCUACAGACUUGAGUUUGAUGCCUACCGGUCUGAUCUGGAGGAGCUGAGUUUGGGCCCAAGGGAUGCAGCAGCCAUGGUCCGCAUCGAGAUGGCGCAGCACGACUAUCAAAUCCACAGAGACAAAUAUGAAAGGCUGCGGAGUGACGUCACCAUCAAGCUCAAGUUCCUGGAGGAAAACAAGGUUUGAAGAUAUUUAUUAUGAUGCACAUUUUCUGUGAAUACAUAAACUUCAGUACUUCAAUAAAAUCAUUGGCUUCAAGUAAUACCAACAUUUCAUCAAUCCUUUAAAACAUCUCAGUCACGGUGUCAUUCUCAAGCUGCUUUGAGGUUAAUUUACCUGAGGCAAAUCUUAAAGUUGGGAAGUUAAAUGUCAUAUUUCACACUUUAUACCCCUUUUGGUUUCUUCUCAGGUAAAAGUGAUGCACAAGCAGCUGCUCCUUUUCCACAAUGCUAUCUCAGCUUACUUUGCUGGCAACCAGCAGCAGCUGGAACAAACUCUCAUACAGUUUAACGUGAAGUUAAAGCCCCCAGGAUCAGACAAGCCAUCCUGGCUGGAGGAGCAGUAGAAGACAUGCAGAGUUCAGCCGUCUGAGAUCGACAGAGAUCGACAUGCUGGUCUUGACAAAUUUGACAAUACGGUGUGAUGGACAAGAAUUAAAUGCAUAAAGAAGUAUACUGUAGAACAGUAGCUGCCGGUGGUGAAGAAAAACAUGAGCUCUCUCUCUUUGAAAAUGUUUUUCGUAUCACUUAUGACUUACUGUAGAUGGGAUGACAUUUAAGAUUUAUUGUAAAGUCACAAAUUUACCAUUUUGUUACUUUCUUAUGUAGGUAGCGCAAUCAUUUAUAUGACAUCACUUCUUAUUUAUGUAAAAUAUAGUCUUAUAUUUCUGUAGAACCCCUUUGGCAGUUUUGCACAUGCAUUUAUUUUGUUGUUGUUGUUUUUUUAUGUCGCCUAAAGUGUUAUAUGUAAUAUUUACUAAGUCCAUCACAUGGGAGGAAUUCCACAAAUCAGAUUUAUAAGUUAGAAUAACGUCAAAACAUGUAAACUCUUCAGAUUGUUUUUAAUUUUGAGUAUGCAUGAUGGAUCCAUUUCCUCUAAAUGUAGUUUUACAGACUGAAUCAAAGACAUUUAGAUAUAAUCAAACUUAGAAUAAUCCAGUUUCAAACAGCGUCAUGGAAUAUCUGCCUGUAUGGCCAGUCUCGGGUUUGAUGCAUCAAAGGGACAAUGUUUAUAGGGAAUAUGUGGAUUUUCUCUAAACUCAUUUACAAUCCUAAACUCUGGGUACUUUCAGAUAUGUUGAUAAUCCAGCACAGUCACAAGAAUGUGUCUUAUUUACUUCAGAGUUUACACUUCCAAAUAAGCCUCUAACAGAAAAGUCACACUCUCUUCAGGGUUGAUUCAGAGUGAGGAUGACGUUCAGUCAUUUCUGUUACCAUGAGGUCAAAACGCAGAACAUAAACAGUGUCUGAAUGACUUUCUUUCUGCAUGAGGCGAAACUGAAAGAAGCUGGUUAGACUCUUAAAUCCAGUGGAAUUAAAAACACGUGAUACUACAUGCAGUAUGAAGUGUUACAGUUAAAGUCUCAGCGUCUCCUCAAGGACAGAAUGUAAGAGUAAAUUUAUCUCGUUUUGUUAUAUUUAUUUAUCUGUUUCAAAUGUAGUAAUGUUAUGUCUACUUCUUUUAAGUUUUAGUCAGCUGGUUGUCUUUGUCUUGUUCUGCAUUUCCAAUAAAGUCUGCUGGAUGUUUGUUUCACCUGCCUGUGCGGUGACACAGAUCUAAGUUUGAUAUUGAAUGCCCUGUCACAGACUAUGUACAGAAAACUCAUAUGUAAAAUGUAUGCCACCAGUAAUUAUGUACAUGAAAAUACAAUGAUAUAUCUCCAACAUGC